AUGCGAUGGACGCAAGUUGCAGGCAUCCCGGUGGUGACCAGCGGCAUCCUGCUAAUGGACCAACGCUAUUGGGCCGCCCGGAUCCACGAGUUGGGCUCCGGCUGCGAGGUCGCGAGAUUGGAACUGUCGUGGGACUUCGCUGUUGGGAAGAAUGGCGCCCACGCCACCAUCACCUGCAAACCAGCCGACAAGCUGCAGAGUCUGCAUGGUCGAAUUUCUGAAGCUUUGGAGGGCGUGGGCUGCCGGAGCCCACUUUGCUACUUCCGUAGCACGCAGGAGAACCCCCAACUGCUGGCAGGUCACACUGAAGCGGCUGAGGUCGCAGGGGCAGAGAUAAGAGUGGUGGUGCAGGCUGAGCCUAUCUGGUGCAGUGAGAAAUGCUUCCGCCGGGCUGCCUCCUUCAAUGAGCUUCCGGGCUAUUUGGACGACCAGUGGGAGGAAGAGCGUCUCCGAUUUUUUACAUGUGGCGUCUUCGAGCUACACAAGCACUUUCACUCAAACCACGGUAGCAUGCCAGCAGAAGACUGCUUGGAAAAGGAGAACUACCUUGUAGCGACUGGGGAGUGGGAACUGGAUGGGGAGGAUGUGCUCCUGAUCGGUAUGCAGAAAAUCUGCGGGCGCAGCAGUGGCCAAACCGUCACCAAGAGCUUCAGGCGAAAGUGCCGGAAGAGAGACCUCCUGUACUCUCCAAGCUGGAUCGUAACGUCCAUCGGUCCGGAGGGCGAGGUCAUUCCGGAGUAUUACCGCGGCAGCAUUCAAUGCAUCGACCGGAAUGUAGUGCGUGAGCCAGUGGACUGGUAA